UAUCGCCAAACCACACGAGACUUCCUAUCGCGGAAGUGCUGUUGAUGAAAGUUCCGAAACUUUGCUGCAUGCCGAUCAACACAAGGGAAAGAUACCUUAAUUCGCAUGGCAACGCCGAACAGAGGAAGGGAACUUAGGUUAGAGUCAACAUCGUCGCAAAAUAGUCAAAGCGUGUAUGUUGAAACAACAUUCGGAGCAGGUAAUGCUGUGUCUCCCAUAACGAAGAUACGUGUCAAUGAUGAUCAUGACAGCGCCUUCGGGUCCGUGGACUACUCCACACCAACCACCUUCUCCCACGCCGACAGCAUCGAGUCCAGUGGGCUUCCAGGAGGACUUCAGGUCCCCAGUCCAGGACAUAAAAGGUCAGGUUCGAAUGUCUCAAACCGAUCACUGAUGUACGAAGAGGAGGAGGAGGAGAUACUGGUCUUUGUUGACCCACCAAACAAGAAGUUAUUUUGUCGCCUCUGUAACCGGGCAUUCAAGGAUCCUGUGAUAGCAUCAUGUGGGCACACAUAUUGUCGGAAAUGUAUCGACGGAAGUGCAGAUGUGAUCUGUCCAGUGGACGGUCAGAAGUUGUCCAUCAUGGUGUCCAACAUUGCGGUGUCGGAGCAGAUCGGGGAGAUGUACAUACAUUGUAAAUAUGGCUGCAAGCUGGGUGAGGACGACCAGACGUACAUUGUGGACCCCACCAGGUGCCCCAUCACCGUCAAGAUCAACACCAGAAGCGAUCAUGAAGCGGACUGUGAUUACAUGCCAGUGGAGUGUCCCAAUGCUGCAGGCUGCCCACCACUGCUGAAGAAGGAUCUAGAUGACCACUUGCGAUCAUGCAACAAUGUCCGCUGUCCCCACCAGAAGUACAGUUGUGAGUUUUUGGGAACUCAGGAAGAGCUUGAAGAGCAUAUGAAAGUUUGCAAGUUCGAUAGCAUGAAGGAGUUCCUACAGAGGACAGACGAGAGGAUGUCCGACCUACAGUUCACACUCAACCAGAAGGAUCAGGAAAUUGAGUUCCUCCGUUCGAUGUUGGGAAAGCUAUCGGAACGUCUCGAGUCGCUGGAGAAAUCUGUUGAUUUAAAGCUGGGUCUGGUGGAGCGGACCCAGAACAAGAUCAUGAAUGACAUGAUAGAAAACAGGAGAGAAUAUGCUGACGUGGCAGACGAGGUGUCACAUCUGCGGAACCGGCUGAACCUUGGUGCUACUGCUGGAGCUUACGACCCUAUUUCCAUGUUCAAAUGUAAAGGCACAUUUGUCGGACAUCAGGGUCCUGUGUGGUGCUUAUGUCCAAUGGGAGACUACUUGUUCAGUGGAUCGUCCGAUAAAACAAUAAAGGUGUGGGACACCAGCACAAGCUACAUAUGUGUCAAGACACUAGAGGGACACACGGGUAUCGUCCUGGCACUGUGUACAUAUGGCAACAAACUCUACAGCGGUUCUCAAGACUGCAACAUCUUUGUGUGGGACACAGAGGAUACCUUCGAAAGCGUCACUGUGAUAAAGGCCCACGACAACCCUGUCUGUACGCUGGUCGCGGCACGCAACAUGCUCUUCAGUGGCUCCCUCAAGGUUGUCAGGGUGUGGGACGCCGGAACGUACGAGCUGAAACAGGAGCUGACCGGUCUGAACCACUGGGUGAGGGCCCUGUCCGCCACGCAGGAUCAACUGUUCAGCGGGUCAUAUCAAACAAUCAAGAUCUGGGACUUGGUCACCCUGGAAUGUGUUCGCAACCUCGACACGUCUGGCGGCAGCGUCUACAGCAUCACCAUCACCAACCACCACAUCCUCGCAGGCACAUACGAGAACUGUAUUCAUGUAUGGGAGCACGGCACAUACAAGCAGGUGACAACGCUGAUGGGUCAUUCCGGCACAGUGUAUGCUCUAGCUCCCCUUCACACAGCUUCAGGAACAAAAGUCUUCAGCGCUUCCUACGACAGAUCUCUCAGGGUAUGGAGUAUGGAGAACAUGAUCUGUACUCAGACACUGGUCAGACACCAGGGCAGUGUGGCCUGUCUAGCCAUCUCCAAGGGAAGGGUGUUCUCUGGGGCUGUAGACAGUCAAGUGAAGGUAUGGCAGUAAUCAGGCAAGUAAUGACGACAGGUGUGCUCAGGUGGGACAUGCACAACAUGCCAAUCAGCUGGCGCGACCACCAUUGUUCAGCAGGACCAAUCUGGAGGUACACCUGGAGAGCCUGACGAGGAGCCUGGGAAGCAACACGUACCCCUGACCGAGGCCAGGAGGAUGCAGUGCUAUUGCUUCUCAUUGUGUGUGAAAGAGAGUGUAUGUCUUGUGGAGUUUAUCUAGUUUUGCAUGUUAUGUUCUGAUAGGUUCAGGUGUGAGGUAGUAGUGCAUGGGGAGUGUGGGGUAUAGCAAUCGCUCCAUUUUGUUAUUACAAGGCCAUCAACAGAUUACUGUUUCUCACCAUGGUGUGGUUUAUUUGAGACAUGCUUUGUGAACUCUUUUUCAGGCUGGUUAUAAUGUUUGUUUUUGUCUGGUGACAAACUUGGAUUUAUUAUUCGUAUCAAUAGUUUUUGGAUUUAAUUAGUUUAAUUAUACCACCAUGGACACCAACAAGAAUUAGUGUCCUGCCCUGAGGGAAAUCAGGAUUGGACUGACUUACUGCUGAUUGAACAAAUCUACACAUUUCACUCACUCACUCACUCUCUCUCUCACACACCCGGCUGCUGUCACUCUCUCUCUCUCACACACCCGGCUGCUGUCACUCUCUGCUGUUUUAUGAAACCUGUUUUCGGCAUCAUCACUAUGUUCUUGCAAUAUUGCUGACGUGACAAAAUCUUUACUCACCCCCUCUCCUGUGUCAAGCUAUCAUUGUACUAUUUUACCAUUGCUGAGAGAGUUUCUGGUUUGCAAGGGGCCCAUUCAACAGAGCAAUCUUAGCCAUCAUGAGUCUUUUGGGAUGGGAGUUACGUUCAUCAUAGCGCUAAGAUAGCUGUAUGGACAGGGCCUUCUUGCUGUAAUAUGAUCUUCAUGAUUAGCCAUACACAUCCCCAUGGUGGGGUUGGUCCCCAGUAACCAAGUUCUGGUCCAAUCUGAUUGUCAUAUUGGGGACUUGUUUGAUUGUGGGGGUGGUCGGGUAGCCUAGUGGGUAGAGUGUUCGCUCGUCAUGCCAAAGCUGGGUUCGAUUCCCGACAUGGGUACAAGGUAUGGUGACACUCCCCCCCCUGUGAUAUUGCUGGAAUAUUGGUAAAAGCGGCGUAAGAUCAAACUUGCUCACUAACUGUUUGAUUGCAUGUCAUCCUACCCCAAUGUCACAGAAUGUGGCUCAUGAUAUCAAUCAGUGGUUGUAUCUGAUCCUGACUGGAUUCUUCACAAGUUCCCAUGACAUAGCUGGAAUAGAGCUGACUGGGGCAUUGAACAAACAAACAUUCAUGUUUUUAAAUGAUGAUAAUCAAAGAGAUAUCUCCCACCUCAGUUUGAAUGGUAAACAAGCUAUAGUUUUAUAGUGGCCUUAUGUCAAAAUGCUUAACGGUUACUAGUUGUGAGAGAAGUGGGAUUGAUGUGCUGGAUAUUAGAACUGUAAGUGGUUGAAUGGUUCGGAUCAACAGGGUAAAGAAACUGGCCACGAAGACACUAAGAAGUAUUGUGUUAUGUAGCCCCAACCAUCGUGUUACUUGUCAUGUGGAAAGCUUUGUUUGAGAAUUUGUUCUACCUCCUUAAGGUACAUAACUGGUGACAAUUUUUGUUGUUGGUUAUUUAUUAAUUUUUAACAACAGGAAUGUGUCCAAAAUUGAUAUUUGCCAUUGGGUGAGCAGUAUAAUG